AUGACAGGUAGUAUUGUCUCACCACCAAAGCCCUGUCCAAGGGGAAUGUAUAAGAGCAUGAUCUACGAGUGUAAUCAAGACGGAUUGAAUGAGCCUAAUCCAAGUAGUAGUAAGCUUGACUCGAGCUUGAUUCAGUACAAUUCGGAAAAGGUAUCCGCCACAACCCACGCCAUUCCAGUCCAGUUGCUUACCCCUGCUUCGUGCAAUGGAGAGCAACCGAAGGCGACGGUGACAUUGAGCUUCCUCGUGGGCGCCGCAAUCGAGCUUGGCUGCCAAGGAUUCAUCUCACAAAUUCUUAAAGCUCUCCAACUUCCUCAUGCUUUCAUUGCUUGGAUCGAAGCUUGUUUCACAGGAGCAAGGUUUUCCAUUUCUUUUAAUGGGACCUUAAUUGGCUACUUUAAAGGUGCUAGAGGCCUAAGACAGGGAGACCCUCUCUCCCCUUAUCUUUUUGUUCUUGCAAUGAAUAUUUUAUCUCGAAUGCUUAAUUUAGCUGAUGGAAGAGGAAUGUUUGGUUUUCAUCCUAAAUGCAGGAAAAUUGGUCUUACUCAUCUAUCGACAGAUUAUUUAAUGAUAUUUUGCAAAGGUAAUAUUGAAUCUAUUAUUGGUGUUCUUACUAUUCUUGAUCAUUUCUAUGAAGUCUCUGAGCUUAAAUUGAAUCCUUCCAAAUGUGAGAUUUUUGCUAUGGGGAUUCCAUUAAGAACCAUCGAGGAUUUACAACAGAUUAUUGGGUUUCAUAUCGGAAGUCUUCAUGUCCAUUACCUUGCUUCAAUCCUUAAAAAUGUGGAACAUAUAUGCUCUAGAUACUUCUGGAAAGGAGUAGAUAAAUCUGCUGCUGGUGCUCGUGUGAGCUGGGAAAAUAUUUGUCUCUCCAAAUCAGAUGGUGGCCUCGGACUGAAGAAUAUUAAAACUUGGAAUAGAGCUUGUCUCAUUAGUCUAAUUCGAAAAAUAUUAGCGGGAGAUGGAUCACUGUGGGUUGCAUGGCUUAAGGCCUGUGCUUUUAAGGAGCAAGACUUUUGGCACUUCCAAGCUGCUGCAAAUGUAAGUUGGAGUAUCAGCAGAAUCUUAAAAUCAAGGGCUGAAGCUCUUCCAAUUCUUUCAGUCGGUUCUCCGCAUGUUAAGGAAAUAUGGGACUUGAUUCGAUUCAAAGGGUAUAAUGUUUCAUGA